GAUUCACGUCAGGAGAGGCGUUCCUUCAGGUAUUGUGGUUGACGAGUCUCCUCAACUUAUUAAGUUGAUGAGUCUCCUCCGGCUGGCCGUUCAACAGUCUGGGGGCAGCAGAAGGAAAGGUCCUCUGGGUAACAGCUGUCAACCUAGUUUUGGCUGACUGGAGUAAAUCCUUCCCAGAGGACCUGAGUGUGCGGGGCGGAUUGUACAGGGGAAGGUGAUCCUGCAGGUGACCUUCCUCCUGACCAUUUGGGGGUUUCCUGGCCUUUGCACAUCCCCCGCCCCCGUUUUCUAAAAGGUUGAAAUACGUCACCUAACUAUGGCUUCGUCACUGGCAGUAAGACCUUUAAACAAAAACAUGCUGGGAUUUUCGCCCUGCCUGCUUUGCCUUCAGCCCUGCCCACGACUGGAAUGCACUCCCCAAGGGGGUCCUCAAAACUGCAUUCAGCCCGUCGGCUGCAAGAGGUUCUGCACCGUUGGGCUAGGGUUUUCCUCUGGGCUGGAUCUGGCCCACUGAGCAACCAUUUCUUCCGGAGAAACCCGCCGAGUCUGCCAAGCCCAAAGGAAAUGCCUCUCAAUGGUGUCUUUUCAGGAGGGGCCUCUGACGGACCGGGUGUACCGUACCUACCUGCUCAUGCACACCAACCAGACGGUGGAAUUUGUGCGCAAGAAGAACGAGGAGUACGGGGGCUGCAGCCUCCGCCGGAUGACCAUCAUGGAGGCCUUGGACCUGCUCGACAACGUGGUGGACGAGUCAGACCCGGACGUCGACUUCCCCAACUCCUAUCACGCCUAUCAGACAGCAGAGGGCAUCCGGAAGGCGCAUCCUGACAAAGACUGGUUCCACCUGGUCGGACUGCUUCACGACAUGGGGAAGAUCUUGGCCCUGGUUGGCGAGCCGCAGUGGGCUGUGGUGGGGGACACGUUUCCAGUGGGCUGCAAGGUCCAGGACUCGGUGGUCUUCCGGGAGUCCACUUUUCAUGACAACCCUGACACGAAGAACCCUUUGUACAACACCGAGUACGGGAUCUACCAGCCCCACUGUGGCUUGCAGAACGUCCUGAUGUCAUGGGGCCAUGACGAGUACAUGUACAAGGUGAUGAAGCACAAUAAAUUCACCCUACCUCAGGAGGCUUUCUACAUGAUCCGAUUCCACUCCUUCUACCCCUGGCACACGGGAGGGGAUUACAUGCACCUCUGCGAUGAAGAGGAUCUCCAGAUGCUUCCCUGGGUCAAGGAGUUCAACAAAUUUGACCUGUACACCAAGAGCGAAGACCUGCCCGAUCCACAAGAGCUCAAGCCGUACUACCAAAGCCUCAUAGACAAGUACUGCCCCGGCCAACUGUCUUGGUGAUGCUCAGAACCAGUUUCACUUCCAGUGCAACGCUUUGCCGUUCUUUCCAGCCUUAAAGGGGAUUGCGCACACAGGGGAGCAGGGAGCGGCCCGUACCCACCCCCCUCACGCCAGGGUUGCACAGACCGUUUCUGCAAGGCUUUUCAAAUGUUUAUGAAAUUCAUCCAAACUCACAAGACCAUUAACUUGAAAUCAAUAAAAUAUGAUCUGUUUAUAAAGGAGGACUCAGUUUUGCUUCGUGCAGCUUACAGGGAUGACCAGCAAAAUUACCACCCAAUAAAGACACAUUAUUACAGCAUUUGCAAUGACUUAUAAG